AUGACAUCUAAACUAGAUCACCCUCCAACCUAUGAAGACGCUCUACAACAGCCCAAAUACGGAAACCAAGCCGACCAACAGCAACAUGGCUCAGCUUAUCCACCGCCUCCAUCGUACAGUCCCGGUCCUGGCAUGUACCCUGGCCCCCCCGGCUACUGGGGCCAGUCCGGCAUGUGGGCAAGCCCUGGCUGUGGGAUGCCCAGCACAAUACCCACUCUGUCCGCCGGUGUGCCCGCACCAAACCCUGGAGACAUGGAGGCUUUUCUGAACACGCAGUGGGAGAGUACGUCUGUUCGCCAUGGUUUCAUCAGAAAGGUUUAUUUAAUCUUAGCAGCUCAGCUCACCGUCACCUUUUCCGUUGUUGCAGUCUUUACGUUUGUUGAUCCAGUCAAGACGUUUGUUAUCAGAUAUCCUGGCAUCUACUGGGCAUCUCUUGUGGUUUAUUUUGUGGUUUACUGCAUUCUUAUUUGCUGCAAAGAGCCAAGGAGGCGUUUUCCAUGGAAUCUUGUCCUGCUUGGAGUAUUUACUGUUGCCCUGUCGUACAUGUCGGGAACAAUUUCAAGUUAUUAUGAAACCAAAGCUGUCUUUCUUGCCAUGGGAAUAACAGCGUUAGUUUGUAUCACUGUCACAGUCUUCUGCUUCCAAACCAAGGUUGACUUCACUUCCUGCGGGGGAUUUCUCAGCAUUGCUGCCAUUUUGCUCAUGAUUAUUGGGAUUGUGACAGCCGUCGUGCUCUCCUUCCAAUACGUGCCUUGGCUCCAUAUGCUCUAUGCCGCCAUUGGAGCCGUUGUUUACACCCUGUUUUUAGUAUACAACACCCAGCUUCUCAUUGGGAACCGGGAGUUGGCGAUAAGCCCGGAAGAGUACGUCUAUGGAGCCCUGUCUCUCUACAUUGACAUCGUUCACAUUUUCCUCUUCAUACUCCAAAUAAGUGGCGCCGCUACCGAAUAAGCUUCCGGCAAAAGAGAGAGAGAGAGAGAGAGAGAGAGAGAGAGAGAGAGAGAGAGAGAGAGAGAGAGAGAGAGAGAGAGAGAGAGAGAGAGAGAGAGAGAUUGGGCUGACAUUAUUUUCAGUGUUUAUUGUAAAGUAUGUUCUAUUGCCACACUUAAAUGGGAUGUGAUUCUUGCUGAAAAUACAUAUUUUGCUGUCAACACUUACGCACUUUGGGUUGUUGCUGUGCUCCAUAUGAAGAGGCAUGGCAGGCAAUUGUUUGAGCAGCACUUUAAAUCCCUCAUUUAAUUGGUUCCUGACUCAACCGUGAUAAAUUAAUUCCCACAAAGUCCUUGAAUUAAUCCUUUUAUUAAUAGAUUAUUUUUGUUGUUAGGAUAGAAAACCUGUUCACCACCUUCUAAAUAUAGUUUUUAACCUUAUUUAGAGGCCUCUAGACAUGAAAUAGAACCCCUAUAGUCACCUGUACACUUAUAUUACCCAAUAUAGUAGACAAAUAAGAGAAAAUACGCCAUUUAAGACAAGACUUAUGCUUGUGUGUGUUGCUGUAAAUGUGCUCCGGUGGCACAGACAGGAAGUGACAUUGAGGGUUCAGUGUUCAGUUUUAUCGGGGUGUGGAAUAUGGCCCAUGUUAGUGAUUAUUUUGCCUGUUGUGAGAUAAUUCUAAACUGCAAUAAAAGCCUGUU